ACGUCCACGCACUCGCUCACGCACCUGUCCUGUGCGCUGCGGCUGUUUCUGAAGCUGCUCAGUGAGAUUUCCCAGGAUCCGCACAGGACCCGCACCGGUGCCGUCCGCCGCGGGGUGGGUGACCAUAGCGCUGCGACUUCCUUCCCCGCCGCCCCCGCUCCCGCUCCCGCCCCGGCGGCUGUUUUAAUCCCGGAUUUCCGCCUUAAACUUCGACAUGUGUCGUGUCCUUGUCACCUGCCGCUCGAUGCUCUGGACCUCCUGGGUGCCUCGGCCCCGCGGAGCUCAGCGCCCUCCUGAGCGCAGAGGGCUGAGAGGGAGGCCAAGGGCCGCGGCGGCAGGGGGCGCCCGCGAGCCCGCACCCUACCUGGGCAUCUAUGGGUGCUGCGCUCCCAACCCCGGGCUUGCAGCCCGUCCCGCGCGACUCGUCCUUGCCAAGGGCUCCGGGAGAUCGCCCGUGGCUCCUGCAUUUCGCUGCCAUCUCCCUGGCCGUGGGGAUCCUCGUCCUCUGCGUGGAGGCCUCUGGGUCCAUCUGCACCGUGUGUGCAGAGCGUUAUGAAGAAGAGCGUCUUCACGCGUGCGGCUCCUGCGGGGGUCGCGGGCCUGUUCCUCAUCCCUGCUCUUGUCCUCUCCCCUGCGGGCCGGGGCUGCCGGAAAGCCGAGACUGCUGUGGACACCGCAUCCCCCCACAAACCAGGGACUGCUCUGUGCCCUGGGCCUUUCACGCUGCCAGCGGCGGCACAGUCCUCACCUCCAUCUGUGCUGUCUCCUCCGCACGAGCAGAUAUCGCAGCCUCCAGGGACAAAGUUCAGGAAGCGAUCGAAGAAGGGAAAAGCCUGUCUGCCUCCUGUAGUGUGGAAAGAGACACUAACGCCAUUUUUCCUCUGGAAUCCUGUGAAACAGCCCGCACCUACCAAAGCCACAGCCCACAGCCCAGGCCUCUACAGCAGCAGGGAGAGGCAGUACCUGGCUAAGCGCGGUUACUGGACACAGGCCAGAAACAUUCAAGCACCACUAUUAGGAGCUGGGGGUUUAGCUCAGCGCAAGUAAGGGUGGAGCACGGUCCUCCUGUGACAACUCUGACUGCAGUCCUGGGAUCCAAUCA